AUGGGUGAUCUUCCCAAAAUCAGAAUCAAUCAAUCCCGUCCUUUCUCUCAUGUAGGAAUAGAUUAUUGUGGUCCCUUCUACAUAAAAGAAAAAAAAUAUCGUAAUCGAACGCAAAUUAAAAUAUACGUAGCAGUUUUUAUAUGUCUUGUGGUAAAAGCUGUGCAUUUAGAGGUUAUCAGUGAUAUAAGCACUGAAACCUUCCUGGGUGCAUUAAGAAGAUUCAUAGGGCGUCGCGGAAAACCUAUUAUUAUUAGUUCAGACAAUGGGUCGAAUUUUAUAGGGGCUAACAAUGAGUUAAAAGAUCUCGGUAAUCUUCUUCAUUCUAAGGAAUUCAAUGAAAAAACAACCUUGUUUCUCACUAAUCAAGGAAUCGAAUGGAAAUUUAUACCCCCAUUAUCUCCUCACUUCGGGGGAAUUUGGGAAUCAAUAGUUAAAAGUUUUAAACAUCAUUUAAAACGGGUCGUAAAAAAUGUUUUGUUCACAUGUGAAGAAAUAAAUACGUUCAUUAUCGAAAUUGAAGCGGUAUUGAAUUCUCGUCCGCUCACUCCGAUCUCACACGAUCCCAAUGACCUUAUCGUCCUUACCCCUGGUCACUUCCUAAUUGGCGAUUCGCUAACAAGCUUACCCGAAUUAGAUUUUACACCAACACCACGAUUAUCGAGAUGGCAACACCUUCAAAAGAUGCGUCAAGACUUUUGGAGUAGAUGGCACAAAGAGUAUUUAAACGGACUCAACAUACGUCACAAAUGGAAAGGUGGCAACCAUCACAUUCAAGAGGGUGCUAUUGUCAUAUUGAAAGAAGACAAUACUCCUCCGAUGCAUUGGGUUCUGGAUAGAGUCAUUAAAACGUUUCCAGGAUCUGAUGGCGUCGUUCGAACGGUAACGGUAAAAACGUUUAAAGGGGAAUUUAAACGUAACGUUCGAAAACUCGCCCAGUUGCCUAUCGAUGACAACGAGGAUGUCGAUUAA